AUGAGCUGGGAGGAUAUGGUGGUGGUUGCUUUCUCCUGCUGCAUGGUGGGUGGCUGCUGGCGUUGUGUGCCUUCCUUGCGUGGAUGCCGUCUCGUGGUGUGUGAACUGUGCGGCUGGGCCUGCUGCCCUCUCCUCAUGUUGUCUGCUCUCUCUCGCCGUAUCCGCUGUGCUCCGUCCCUCUCCCUCUUGUUGCAUUCUUUUUCUUCUGUCCCACAGAUCAGUUCACUGAAUUCGGCAACUCCACUACGGGUGAUGAUGAUGAUGAUGACGAUGGUGACGGUGCGGCGCCGUGUGGUGUGCGCCGUGUUGUUCCUUGGGCUCUUGUGCUGCUGCUACUUGUCCGUGUGUGUGUGA